AUGGCAGAAGAAUCAGUGCCGCCCAUCAUUCAUGCACUCUCAGGCGCAGUUGCUUCCAUCUUCUCCAAUACGGCCGUGUAUCCGCUCGAUUUCGUCACCACACGACUCCAGACUCAGGAACAGGGUCCUGCUGCAGCCUUAGAGAAAGGACAGCCGCAAAAGCAAUACACUGGCUUGCAGGAUGCAUUUGAACAGAUCUAUCAGAAGCAUGGGCUGGCAGAGUUCUAUCGGGGCCUUGGCGCAGACAAUCUGUCCACGAUGGCCUCGACAUUCUGCUAUCACUUUGCGUACAACUUUAUCAGAGAUCGCAGGGUUGCAGUCCAUACGAAGCGUCGUGGUGGACACAAGCCCAGUGUCCUGUCUAUGAUGGAGGAACUGACCAUUGGCGCUUCUGCUGGCGUCAUCUCGAGGUUCGUGACCUCUCCAGCGAGCAAUAUCGUCACACGAUCGCAGACGCAGGACGGUGGCACAGCGAUGGACAUCGUUCGUGACAUUUACAAUGAAAAGGGCAUCACUGGUUUCUUCUCUGGCAUGAAGGCAUCUGUCAUUUUAGCAGCAAACCCAUCGAUUGCCUAUUACCUCUUUGAAGUACAAAAGGCAUUGCUUUUGCCAAAGUCACGCAGAGCAUCACCGAAAGCAGUGGAAAUCUUCCUCAUGUCAGCAACAGGCAAAGCGAUUGCUACUCUAUUGCUCUAUCCAGUUAUUCUUAUCAAAGCACGCACGCAAGCACAACGCGUCAAAGUCGGCAUCUUUGCCAUGAUUCGUCGUAUCUUCACUAAGGAAGGCGGUCUUGCUGGCUUCUACAAAGGUGCACCGACACAAGUACUCAAGGGGUUCUUGUCACAAGGUAUAUUGAUGUUGCUCAAGGAUAAGAUUGCAGCACUCAUUGUUGCUGGAUACCUAGCAGUGUCUCGAAGGAAG